CUUGAGAGGGAAAUUAAAAAGAAUGGCGCGAGGCAGGAUACGGGCAAAGCUCCGAAGGAGCGGUUUGUACACAUUUGCUUGUUACCGGCCGUCGCGUGCCACGGAAGAUGGUCCCCAUCUAUUAGGCCCAGGAUUCUCGCGAGUAGUACAUUGCAACGAGCCUCAUCUCCAUGAGAAGAAACCUCUCAAGUACUGCAGCAAUUACAUAUCCACCACAAAAUAUAACAUCAUCACAUUCCUACCAAAGGCCUUAUUCGAGCAAUUCAGACGUGUUGCUAACUUGUAUUUUCUCAUGGCUGCAAUUGUAUCAGCCACAACAAACCUUUCACCAUUCUCAGCUUUCAGUAUGAUAGCUCCUUUGGUCUUUGUGGUAGGAUUGAGUAUGGCGAAGGAAGCUUUAGAAGACUCGCGAAGGUUCGUACAAGAUAUGAAGGUCAAUCAUAGGAAAGUUGGGGUCCACAAGGAAGACGGUGUGUUUGGUCCUAAAUCAUGGAUGAAGAUUCAGGUUGGAGACAUAGUGAAAGUGGAGAAGGAUCAGUUUUUCCCGGCUGAUUUACUACUUUUAUCGUCUAGUUAUGAAGAUGGGAUCUGUUAUGUGGAAACUAUGAACUUGGAUGGAGAGACAAACUUAAAGGUAAAACGAGCGUUGGAGGUUACUCUACCGUUGGAGGAUGACGAGGCUUUCAAGCAAUUUAAUGCAACCAUAAAAUGUGAAGAUCCUAAUCCCAGCCUUUACACUUUCGUGGGCAACCUUGAAUAUGAUCGUCAGGUUUAUCCUCUUGAUCCUAGUCAGAUUCUUCUCCGGGAUUCGAAGCUUAGGAAUACAGCUUAUGUUUAUGGAGUUGCUGUAUUUACUGGUCAUGAUAGUAAAGUUAUGCAGAACUCUACAAAGUCUCCUUCUAAAAGGAGUAGGAUCGAACUACAGAUGGACAAGAUUAUUUACCUACUUUUCAUUGUCCUUCUCUUGAUCUCAUUUGUAAGUUCAAUCGGCUUUGCCUUAUACGCAAAAUUCGAAUUGCCAAGCUGGUGGUAUUUGCAACCUAUGAACAAAGUGAAUAAUGUGGUUGAUCCAAAAAAGCCUGAGCUGUCAGGCCUUUUGCAUCUGGUCACUGCACUUAUAUUGUACGGGUAUUUAAUUCCUAUAUCCCUUUAUGUCUCCAUUGAAGUUGUGAAGGUCCUACAAGCAUUGUUCAUAAACCAGGAUAUUAGUAUGUACGAUGAUGAAUCUGGAACUCCUGCUCAAGCACGAACGUCAAACUUAAAUGAGGAGUUGGGGCAGAUUGAUACCAUCCUCUCAGACAAAACCGGCACUUUGACAUGCAACCAAAUGGACUUCUUAAAAUGCUCAAUUGCUGGUACUGCAUACGGAAUGCGUGCCAGUGAUGUAGAACUUGCAGCUGCGAAGCAGAUGGCCAAGGACGUUGGUGGGCAAGAUCCUGAAUCACCGAGACCUGAAGAUGAGAAUGAUUUUGGUGCAUCAGAAAUUGAAUUAGAGUCUGUCGUCACUUCUAAAGACGAUUCUAAACCCGCAGUUAAGGGUUUCAGCUUUGAGGAUGAUCGCCUUACCAAUGGAAAUUGGAUGAAAGAGCCAAAUGCAGAUGACAUCUUGUUAUUUUUUAGGAUACUUUCAGUUUGUCAUUCUGCUAUUCCUGAGCUAAACGAGGAGACUGGAAACUUUAACUAUGAAGCAGAGUCACCAGAUGAAGGAGCAUUUCUUGUUGCAACACGGGAAUUUGGCUUUGAGUUUUGUAAAAGAACUCAAUCAAGCAUUGUUGUACGGGAGAGAUAUCCUUCUUUUCAUGAGCCAAUUGAACGGGAAUACAAAGUUCUCAAUCUAUUGGAAUUCACCAGCAAGCGGAAGAGAAUGUCUGUUAUAGUUAGGGACAAGAGUGGCCAGAUUCUUCUCUUGUGUAAAGGAGCAGACAGCAUCAUCUUUGAUAGAUUAGCAAAGAAUGGAAGGAGGUUUGAGGAAGCUAUGACAAAACAUUUAAAUGACUAUGGGGAAGCAGGGUUGCGUACACUUGUGCUUGCUUACAAAAAGCUCGACGAGGCAGAGUACUCAGCCUGGAAUGAAGAGUUUACUAAAGCAAAAUCUACCAUCGGCGGUGAUAGAGAUGCCAUGCUUGAAAAAGUAUCUGAUGUGAUGGAACGGGGCUUGAUCCUUGUUGGUUCAACUGCUGUGGAGGAUAAACUACAGAAGGGAGUUCCUCAGUGCAUAGAUAAACUGGCGCAAGCUGGUCUCAAGAUCUGGGUACUGACAGGUGAUAAGAUGGAAACAGCCAUCAAUAUUGGCUACGCCUGUAGUUUGCUUCGACAAGGAAUGAAACAGAUUUGCAUAACGACGACGAACACAGACUCAGUGGCCCAAGAUUCUAAACAGGCUAUGAAGGAGAACGUUUUGAAGCAAAUCACAAAUGGUUCUCAAAUGAUCAAACUUGAAAAGGAUCCUCAUGCUGCAUUUGCCUUGAUUAUUGAUGGGAAAACUCUAGCUUAUGCUUUGGAGAAUGAUAUGAAGCAUCAUUUUUUGAGUUUAGCAGUUAAUUGUGCGUCUGUCAUCUGCUGCCGCGUAUCUCCUAAGCAGAAGGCCUUGGUUACUAGGUUAGUAAAAGAGGGAACUGGAAAAAUCACUUUAGGAAUUGGUGAUGGUGCAAAUGAUGUUGGGAUGAUUCAAGAAGCGGACAUCGGAGUUGGUAUCAGUGGUGCAGAAGGAAUGCAGGCUGUAAUGGCGAGUGACUUUUCUAUUGCUCAGUUCCGGUACCUGGAGAGGCUUCUCGUUGUACACGGGCAUUGGUGCUACAAACGAAUCGCUCAGAUGAUAUGCUAUUUCUUCUACAAAAACAUCUGUUUUGGCCUCACGCUCUUUUACUUUGAGGCUUUUGCUGGCUUUUCGGGGCAGUCUGUCUAUGACGAUUCAUAUAUGAUGCUGUUCAAUGUCAUUCUUACUUCAUUGCCCGUAAUUGCACUUGGAGUAUUCGAGCAGGAUGUGCCUUCUGAUGUUUGUCUAAAGUUUCCAGCACUAUAUCAACAAGGGCCGAAAAACUUGUUCUUUGACUGGUAUAGAAUACUCGGGUGGCUUGGCAAUGGUAUCUACACGUCCCUCAUUAUUUUCUUCCUGAACAUUAUCAUCUUUUACGAUCAAGCCUUCCGUUCUGGAGGCCAGACAGCUGACUUGACUGCUCUCGGUACUACCAUGUUCACAUGUGUCAUAUGGGCUGUCAACUGCCAGAUUGCACUUACGAUGAGCCAUUUCACUUGGAUACAACAUAUUCUUAUUUGGGGAAGCAUUGCCACUUGGUACGUAGUUCUCUUGAUUUACGGCAGGAUAGCACCAAUUUAUUCCAAAUACGCGUUCCGAAUAUUCGAGGAAGCUCUAGCUCCUGCUCCAAUCUACUGGUGCACCACUCUUUUAGUAACUUUUGUGUGCACUCUGCCAUACUUAGCCCACAUAGCGUUUCAAAGAUCGUUUAGUCCGAUGGAUCAUCACAUCAUUCAAGAAAUCAAGUAUUAUAGGAAAGAUGUCGAGGAUCGUCGUAUGUGGAAGAGAGAAGGAUCUAAAGCAAGGCAGAAGACCAAGAUUGGGUUCACAGCCAGAGUGGAUGCGAAAAUUCGACAAUUGAAAGGGAGACUGCAGAAAAAGAAAAUAUAACUGUGCAAAGGUUGAUUUUCUUGUAAUUUUUUUUUUUGGGGAUUGUGUUUCCCUUUCAAUUACUACACAGAUAUUAGGGGUUAGGCAACUUACAUUUUUUCUUCUCUGGUCUAUUUGUAAUCCUCAUUUGUAAAAUUCUUUUUGUCCAGUGUAGUGAGCAAUCAAAUGAGGUAAUUCACUGGUUCCAAAGUACUGUGACACGCUGUACUGUACUAUAUUUUCACGAUUUACUAAUAGUUAGGGAGGGAAACUAUACAUAUAAUACUUUUAUGUGUUUGCUUUCUAUGUAGGCUUAACUCGAACUGUGACUCUCCUGGUCUAAUACCAAAUUCUAUACUAACUCAAAUAUUUGACUUC